AUGAAAGUCUCUGCGCAGAACGCAGCUGUGCUCAUCACCCGCCAGAAUACCCAGCUUAUAUUUGAGACUUUCGAAUUGUCAGCUGCGAACGAAGCAGUCCAGUCGGCGCGAGGAAGACUUGUCCGCAACUUCCCUGCGAAUGCGACCGCCAUCGACUCCGCUCUCUUGUGCAAACCCGAGUUCACCGACAUGCUCUCAGAAACGCUAUCGACCAUGUCCCACCAGAAAGUACCAGAAAUGCAACCACGUUCCAAGAAGUCUUGUGGAGAGCCCGAGGAAGACCGGGAUACUCCCCAACCUGCAGUCGUAUGUGCAAUGUUGUUUAUCAUACUGCGGGGGAUUGGGGAGCACUACCAAAGCACUUCAGUCAGAAAGAACACAAGAGAAGAGGUUCUCUGGAGUGAUACUCGAAGACCCUGGCCCAGGUCAGCAAUGUGGCUCCUGCUGCGCGUUGCACUGCAACCUACGAUCUCGCGGUCACCGGACGGCUCGCACGCGCUUUACAAGAACUUGAUGCUCCUUAUCAUGACUCGCCUCCUUUCUUCAAGUCAGCAAAAUGAACUGCCGUCUGAGUUGAUGCAUGUCAUGAAUGCGAAGAUCAACCGACGACGCCAGAAACUCAUCGAUACUGAUUCGCUGUACGACUCAAACACUGCUCGGGCUGAGUUCGUUCUACGCACAAGCGUCAGCACCAUUGCCAAGAGAUGGUCUUUGGUUCAAUCGCGCGACAGCCAGAUUACAUCGAUGGCGGCACUGAGCGGUCUCGAAAUGUCAACCGAGGCUCUCACCACUUUACCAGAACUGGACAAGUAUGUUAGCUCUAUGGAAGACCGGCAAGAUUCUCAGGGGGUUCUUCUAUUCCAACCGGUCAAUGGACUGUUCAGGCACCAGAGUGGAGAGGCUCCGGUUCUUCCAAGCUCCCGUGAUGAUUAUUCAGCGCAGAACCUCCAGUUCUUUGAGCAAUGGGUUUCGCUAAAAGUCAACAGCUGGGCUGCAGAUCGUGAUUCAGCUGUUGUGUGCCAGGACUUGUGCUACCUGAUCAAGAAGUACCACGCCGUCGCGUGCGAAGUCUACUCAGAAAAUGCUGAAGGUCUCUCAGUCAUGUUGCUCACCAUCAUCAUGGAGCUUUGGGUCGCCUGCGAUCGAGCGGCAGUUGAGACCUGCGACUUGCUAAAGGAAUUCAGCGCCGGCAUGUCCCCAGCCGUGAUGCAGAACCUCUUGCUCCCUUUUCUAGACCAGAUGCAAAGACUCUCCAAAGUUGAUGCUCACCUGGCAUCGCGUUCCCAAGGUCUACCCUCUGCCAGCAUCUUCAGCCUCGACAGCCCUACUGGCUUUCCUAAUCGCUUCUACGACACUUCUCAGAAGCACAAAUACCUUCACGAUUUGACCCGCAACAAGGCUGAGACUGAGCGACAAGCAAAGCUUUGGGAGCUAUCUAAGUCCAAAGCGGAGUACAGUCGUCUCAACAACCUCUAUCUCGCUGCCGAGUGCGAGUUCACCACGAAAGUUGUUGACCAGUGGUGUGACCCGCCUGAGGUUGAAACCAUCCAUAACUAUUCAUGCAGGAAGUGCGCAUAUCGCAGUGAGCGUGAUGCCCUGGAUAUCCGAGUCCACGAAUGGCCUCUCCCGGACGAGACGAGCAAAGCCAAGACUGUCGUAUUUGAACUUGCCGUCCCAGCGUGGCACGUCUGCUGGAGAGAAGCACGGUUCUACAUACUACACGGUGUCCUCAAAGGUUUCACUGUCCGGUAUCAGCCCAGCACACCAUACUAUCUCUCGUCAAUCGAUCCGUACCUUAGCAACAAAUACUCCACUACGACCAGCCAUCGCAUUAAAUUGCUAUCGGAAACGAAGCCAUACAUUGUGACGCAUUAUCAGGCGAUGAAAAUUCCAUUUAGCACGGAGUCCAAUGUAUGCGUUCGAAACGGCCUUCACUAUCGAUACUAUGAUGCCGGUAGCGAAAGCUACCUCAGCAGCGGCUUCGAGUUCGACAAAGAAAUGCCUCUAGCAUGCACGUACAGACUCACGCGAGAAGCGCAAGUCUUUGAGAAGUUUAUCUUGCGGACUGAAUCUGCUCUAGAUGGGCAGCCGCCGAAUGCUGUUCUCGCAAGCCAGGAUGCUUGUCCGGCCAGAGUGACACUGGAAGAGUACAAGGAGCUUGCAACUGUCCUAUUGGGACAUCAUGUGCAGUGCUCGAAACGACUCUGGUCCUUCCACAGUGCAUCUAUCAGACGGGACCUCCUUCCUGCGACAAUGAUCCGUUACGCGAGUCCCAUCAUAUAUUGCAAUGCGACGCCAAUCAUGAGCAACCUCAACAGUGCUCUUCAACAAGUGAAAGAGAAUUGGGAAUCUGUGAAUGCACUUUCCGCUUUUGUUGCUAUCGCCGCUCGAGUACUUUCGCUCAACGAGGCUUUGCGGGACCCCUGUUUUGUAUUUCUCCAAGCCGCAAGAUGCAUUACCGCAGAUUGGCUUUCAGAUCUUCGCGAGAAAGCAUACUUGGCGAUGAACAACUAUGCGGACCGCACGCAAUUCGUGUCGAGGAGCAUCGAGGUUGCUCUGCUCUGCAUCUCAACAUUUGAUGUUGACGACCGGUAUUUGGAUACAACAAUCGGGAGCUCCGACUCGGAACUCCUGAUAUGGGCCUCUAUCGUCGUUCAAGAAGGCGAGAACAAUCGAGUACUGCGUGAGCCACAUGUCGCACGGCUUCAGCUCCGCUCCAAGCGGCUUCUGCACCGCAGCUAUGCCAUCUUAUCCCAAAAUGGCGUUGCUCUAGACGCUGCGGUCAAGAGAGCGUGGUCUGGCUAUGCGCCGACUAAGGUUGGCUGGUCGACCGAAACAGAACACUGGCUCACCACGGAGACAGCCACUGCUGCCCAUAUACACUACAAUCUUCUGAGUGGCGAGCUUCUCGUCAAUGGUCUGCCGCUCGACCAGCCACCGGCCGACUAUCGCAAGUUGACUUUGUUCCAGACUCUUUUUGGCGAUGCUACAGUUGAGGUCAUGCCUGCUCCAAACCCGGGCUUCCAGUUUUCAACGAAGCGCAGCUUUGGAGGGUGCGCUAUUGAUCUUGGUAUGGAAUCAGGGCAGUUGCUCGUGCGGGCUACGACAGAGCUUAGUACGUACGAGACAGUACCCUCCAGUGUGUUGAAGGGCAAGUAUCCACACCAUUUCCUGAAUGACUACGUGCUCUGGUGCAAUACUGCAGACAAGAGCGUCAGAUUCCUCCCGAAAAAGGAUCCUUAG